CGCGGGUGCGUUUCUCCUGAGCCUGGGGGCACCGCACCCCGCGGACUCAGAAGCCAGCGGCACCCGGGGACCGUCGUACAGCAGAUCCAGUGGCCGCCGACGUCAGGCUGGAUGUUGGAUGUGGAAGCCCAGGAGCCCCCCAAGGGGAAAUGGUCGUCGCCGCCCUUCGACCCGCGCUUCCCCAACCAGAACCAGACCCGUAACUGCUACCAGAACUUCCUGGACUACCACCGCUGCCUCAAGAUCAGGACCCGCCGUGGGAAGAGCACGCAGCCCUGCGAGUACUAUUACCGCGUGUACCACUCGCUGUGCCCCACCAGCUGGGUGGAGAGCUGGAAUGAGCAGAUCAAGAACGGGACUUUCGCCGGCAAAAUCUGACUGCCCAGGCGCGGCCUCCUCUGAAGAUGCAGUGACCCUGCAUCUUUUUGUCUCGCGGAGGCCCGGCCUCGGUUAUCCACCCCUACCUCCCAGUGUCUAAGCCACGAAUAAUGUUAUGCUGUUGCUGAUGUUCCUUCUUCAUGCCCAGCCAGCGGUGCGUCGUGGUGGUGGUGGGGAUCCUCCCUGUGCCUGUGUCCGGGCUAACACUGCUUUUUCUAAUAAGGGGCAGGUGAAGGACUGCUGCUCUAUCAGGCAGAGACGGCAGUCAGGGCCCUAAGAUAGGAAGCCGAGUGCCUCCCGUCCUUUUCCCUCUCCAUUCCAGCAGGUAGAUGCCUCAUGUUGACAGCUGUAAGCCAGCUCCGGGUCCCCAGUUCUCAACACUGUCCCACCUAGAUGACUCCAAGUGUUCCUGCCUCUCAAUCACCACACCUACCUCUCACCUCAGUCUUUCCCCUACUCCCUUCCUGCCUGCACCAUCUCCCCCAUCUCCCCAGGCUCCUUCCCCAUCCCACCCCGAUCCAUCCCAUCUGGGAUCCUGAGGGGUCUUCUUUGUACCACCCAAAGCUGACUCCAUCCCUCCCUCCCCCACUAUCUCUGGACUUUCCACCACUCCCUUCCCACCUGGCUCAUUCCCCUCCCAGAACAUCGAGAGCCCCAUCACGGGAGCCAGCUUAUUCCCAACAGAGUCCCCUGGUGUCCACCCUUUUGGCACCCACACCCACAGCCAGGAGUAGCAGCCUGCUUGGUUCUGCAGUGCAUCAGGCUCACCCCGCACCCCCACCCCGCAGAGGCCGCUGUCGGUCUUUCCUACCACACAUAUCGCCGCAAUUUCUCCCGUGACCCCCGCCAGACUGCCAGCACCCAGAGGACGCUCAGAUCUCCCUCAGAAUCAUUCUCUACUCCUUCCCCAUCCUGGCACAGAGCCCUAGGGUUCUAGCCUGGUCCUGCGGAGGGAGCCGUGAGACCAGUCAGCCUGGGGUGCUGGUUUUCCCAACUGGUGCUCCCUGAACUAUCAGCCUCCCAAAGGGGCUCUUAGGAGGGGGAAGUCCCAACCUCUGACUGAAGCGGUCCUCUGAGGCCCUGUUCAACCCCAGGGUUCAAAGGUGACUACAACUAAUCAUGACAACUUGCAGGGUGACCCUAGACAAGCUUCUUGACCUGUGUGAACCCAAGGUUCCCCAAGGCAAGCUAAGAUGGCUCAGGGCCCCAUUAUCAGAGGAGGUGGAGCUGGGUGAGCUCAGAGGACUGACUCCAUCCUGCUCCCUGCUCCAUGAUGACCUGUCCAUCACCUGCCCUCCACGCUGCCCAGGACACACCCUAGACGGGCCAUCUCCCAGGAUGACGCCACCUCUGAGAUCUUGGCCUCCUGACUCCGUCUCUGACCACAACCCGAGAAUGGGGUGAGGGUACAGGGUGUGGACUCAGCUACAGGAGGGCUUCCUGUUCAUGCAACGUCCCCAGAGCCUUGCCGCAGGCACAGAGGCGCUGGUAGAACCACGGGGGCAGGACCCCUCUCUGAGUCACAGAAUGGAGCUAAGUUGGUGAGGUCACCCAGGUAACAUCCCAAGCACAGGGCACCACACCUGUGCAGCCACAACUGCCUCGUGACCUCCCCAGAGCCGUGUCUAGAACCCAUUUUUGCGCUGUUGGCCAGCCUUCCUUCUUCCUCCCCCUCCCAUCUUCUCUUCACUGCUUCCAGACCUCAUCUCAGCACAUUCUCACACUCCCGACCCCUUCUGCAGCUGCCACUGCCCCACUGAUGCCUGAGCCAGGGGCAGGGGCAGACCUGCCCAGCCUGGCCUAUAGCCUGGUGGACCAUCACAUGUGCAAACUCCAAACACCUCCAACAUGUGCUCCAGCUGGCUUUCCCUGGUGUCUAGCAGCCGCGUCCUGAGACCCCUAAUGCCAGCCUCACAGUCUCGGCAACCUCCCCGGUCAGAGAAAACUGAGGCCACUCCACUUAUUCCUGCCCCCACCCAGAACACCUGCAUCCUUGUUCGCUCAACCUCCUCCUCCCCACUUCUUUCUCCUCCUCCAGCCCCAUCUCUUCAAUCCUCCCAUCAUCCCCUCCCUCUGCAGUUCUUCCCUCAGAACCUGCUCCGUCCUCCCAGCCUCCAGAUCAUGGAUCCUGAAGGCCACCUGCUCUGCCUCUCCUACUCACUGUCCCUUGGCUCCUAGGGGUGCAGCUUCGCCCCUUCUCUCUGGGUUUCCCUCUUCCCCAUCCUGAAGGUGGCAGAGCCCAAACGGUUCUGAAAAUGAGUUCAGUCCAGGCCCUGAAGCUUACUAACCAUGUGGCCUGGGACGAGUUCGCUAGCCCCUCUGCACUGUGGUCUUUUCAUCUGAAAUAUGGUAACAAUGACAUAAUAAUGACACCUCCACUUCCUAGGGCUGUGGGGAGGACGGCGAUGUGAAAACAUACCAAGCAGAACGGUGUCUGGCUCUGCUCUUCUCAGUGUGUGGGGUCUCUAGCCAGACAGACAAUCAGAGUCACUCGAAUCAGCAUGUCGGCUCAAUUCUGGUGCCCCAUCUCGUACUGGACAGUGGGACUGAUCGACCGGACAGAUAGCCCAGGGAUGGCCCCAGAAACCAGUCCUGGAGCUCUUGGAGGCAUCUGGUUGACUAGCUUGCAGUCAGAGCGCGCCCGCACAGGGAGACACGGGGUCAGGGUGGGGAGUCCUUGGCUAGGGCCCUGCCUGCCUGCCAGCCAAACGCUGAGAGCAGUUCUAGUGCCACAUACCCAGGUCAGCCCUGGUUGUCAGGGUUUCCUGUUUCAAUAAACUUCCUUCCACCUUCACCUACA